GGUGGUCCGGAGCGCAUAAAGGCCUUCUCGGAAGAAACCCGAAGCUCCUCCCUCGCCAGAUCGAUGAGCCACCUCACCGUCGUCACCGACGACUGCUUCUCCAGUCUUCUCGAGCUCGCCGCGAACAACGACGCUGACGGCUUCCGCCUCCUUGACCGGGACCCGUCUGCGGUCGACGAAGUCGGCAUGUGGUAUGGCCGCAAGAAGGGCUCCAACCAGAUGGUUCUCGAGCGGGCGACUCCCCUGAUGGUCGCCGCCACCUACGGCAGCCUCGAUGUUCUCCGCCUCAUACUUUCUCUUUCCGUCGUCGACGUCAACCGGGGCUGCGGCCGCGGCCCCGACAGCACCACUGCCUCCACUUGCGCCGCUUCCGGUGGCUCGGCGAACGCUGUCGAUGCUGUUAAGAUUCUACUUGCUGCCGGUGCUGAUCCUAAUGCUGUCGAUGCCAAUGGCCACCGGCCGGCGGACGUGAUCGUCGUGCCGCCCAAGUUGCGUGCUGUCAAAAUUGCUCUUGAAGAGCUGCGGCUGCAACAUGUUCUUCACGUGACUACGACGACUGCGGCGGCAGCGAGCUCGUCAAACUCGAACUCUCCACCCCUGUCGUCAUCCCCUGAUGAGGAUGGAUCCCAUCAUCCGACUCCACCUCCCCCGAUGAAUGCUAAGUUUGCCGAUCUGCCCCCAUCUGCCAUCUCCGAGAAGAAAGAGUAUCCUGUCGAUCCGUCUCUGCCGGAUAUCAAGAAUAGCGUCUACGCCACUGAUGAGUUCCGAAUGUAUUCUUUCAAAGUCCGGCCUUGCUCGCGGGCCUACUCUCAUGACUGGACUGAGUGCCCGUUCGUCCACCCGGGUGAGAACGCCCGGCGGCGCGACCCAAGGAAGUAUCACUACAGCUGCGUCCCCUGCCCUGACUUCCGGAAGGCACUUGCGGCGGGGGACAUGUGCGAGUACGCGCAUGGGGUGUUUGAGUGCUGGCUUCACCCGGCGCAGUACCGAACACGUCUCUGCAAGGAUGGGACCAGCUGCUCUCGCCGGGUCUGCUUCUUUGCUCACACCAAUGAGGAGCUCCGCCCGCUGUAUAUGUCGACUGGCUCGGCUGUGCCGUCGCCCUGGUCCUCUGCUUCUGCUGCAAUGGAGAUGGCGGCAGCCAUGGGUCUGAUGCCUGGGUCUCCCUCGUCGGUUUCGGUGAUGUCACCCUUCACACCACCCAUCUCGCCCUCAGCCAACAGCAUGGCCCACUCCUCUCUGGCCUGGCCGCAGCCCAAUGUGCCGACCUUGCACCUUCCUGGAAGCAAUCUCCAUUCUAGUAGGCUGCGCUCAUCUCUGAGUGCAAGGGACAUGCCGAUGGAUGACUUGUCGAUGAUGCCAGAUUUUGAUGCCCAGCAAGUGCUUAAUGAUCUGUUACUCUCGUCUUGGCUCUGCAGCUGCGAAUCACUCGCCCGAUCAAAGACCCUGACCCCGUCGAACCUUGAUGAACUUUUCUCUGCUGAGAUCUCCUCUCCAAGGUACAAUUCUGAUCAGGGGUCUAUCUUCUUGCCAUCACACAGAACUGCUAUCCUCAACCAGUUCCAGCAGCAGCAGCAGAGCUUGCUCUCACCGAUCAGUACCAACGUGUUCUCGCCAAAAGCUGUGGACCACCAGCAGCUGCCUGGGCAGUCCUCUCUCUUGCAGGCCUCGCUUGGGCUCUUCCCUGGCCGGAUGUCUCCCCGUGCCAUCGAACCACUCUCCCCAAUGAGCUCCCGGUUGGCUGCAUUUGCCCAGCGGGAGAAGCAGCAGCAGACACUGCGGAGCCUUAGCUCUCGUGAUCUUGGUUCUGGCUCAUCGCCAAUUGCAGGCUCCCCUGUGAACUCAUCAUGGUCCAAGUCAUCGCCCUCUGGAACGUUGGACUGGGGUGUGAAUGGUGAGGAGCUGGGUCGGCUCAGGCGUUCCUCAUCUUUUGAGCUGCGGUCUGGUGGCGAGGAGCCGGACCUGUCCUGGGUCCAUUCAUUGGUCAAGGAAUCUCCACCUGAAAAAUUAGUUACAGCGGCGGCAACUUCUGUUGGACCACCGGUAUCACUUCCUGCUGGUGGAGGUGGUGGUGCUGGUGAGGCUUCGAAUGCUAAUGCUCAGAUUGAUGGCAUGCAAGCUGCGGUCCUGAGCGCAUGGCUUGAACAGAUGCAGCUGGAUCAGAUGGUAGCUUAGUAAAAAGGGCAAGUUUUACUAAGCUGCAAGCGGGGGUACUGGUAGUAGUUAAUGGGUUAGUAAAUAAUUUUUUUCCGUUAUUCGGGAUGGCCAAGAUGGGAAAGAAGUUGAAGGGGGUAGUAUUCAGCGAUUCAUUUUUUAUUAUUACUUCAAGAGGAGUUUAGAGAGGUAAAAAGUGGAGGGAAUUUAUCUCUGGGUUAUUUAAAUUUCUACCCAGGUAUAUUACUCUCCUAUAGCUUGAAAUUUUCUUUACUUCUUUUUCUCUUUUUUUGAGCUCUCUAAAGCCAGAGUCUAUAUGUUUUAUUGCACUGAAACUUGUCUAGCCUUUCUCUUGCUCCCCUUAUGCUCUCUCUUCUGUUAAUUAUGAUUUUUAGGAACUUGGGAAAAGAAGAGAGGGGGAGCCCCGCUGGGGAGUUCUUAUGUUUUAUGACCUGGUCUAUUGUUGGGAUGAAGAGAAAAAUGAACUAUAAGAUUAUGCUGACAUGUCCUACUUGUGGAUUUGGAUUAUUCA